AAGAAAAUGGAGGCUGAGAAAACACCACCGACGACGACGACUACGGAGAAAAAACCAGAGCAGGAAGUGAAAAACGACUUGCCGACAAACAGUCCUUAUGUGGACGACUCAGGUAGCUUGGAAGAUUACAAGAUGAAAGCUUAUGGUGCCCAAGGCCACCAAGAGGUUAAGGCUGGUCUCGGUGGUGGAUCCACUGAUGCUCCUACUCCGUCAGGUGGAGGAUCCACCGCCGCUGCUGAGAAAGCUCCUUGAAAGCAGAUAAAGAAAUUAUAAUGUAUAAUAAUAAUGAGUUUCUUGGAUAGAAAAAUACCAAGAUUUGUGGCCAGUUUAUCUAAAUAACUGAUCUAAGUUUUCGUUUGUAUGGUUAUGUAUUUUAACUAAAGAUGUAAUUGCGUGUAUUGCCGAGUGCAAACGGAAUUUCUAAGUACCAUCAGCUAAAAUAAAUAAUAUCAUAUGUUUCGGACGAAAUAAAUAUCUGACGACUUUGUAGUUGAUAUAAAGAUUCGUAGCCAGCUUUUCCAAAUAACUUAUCUAAGCUUCGUAUGGAAUAUGUACUUUAAUUAGAACUAGAUGUUGAAGCGGAUGUUUGAUUUAACUUGUGUUCAAAAU